UUCCUAAAAGAACAAAUAAGCCUUCUACUUACUGUUUGCUCUCAGAGCCAGUCAAACAUAAGGAAGGCACACGGGUUCUGAAGAAUACGCUGCUAAAUAACAACAAUAAAUGGAAAAGAGGUGAAGACAUUGUGCAAAGUCUUAUUUCAGGGCACUUUGACUUCAGAAAACAGCAGAACCAGGAAACUCCCGAUCCAAAUGAAGAUAAUCAGAAUUUUGUCCAUUUAGGACAGCCAAGUAAUAGACAACAAAAAACCCGGGAAUCCCUCUUCCAUCAUGAACCUAAUUUAUCCUGCACCAGUUGUAAAGGUCAUCAGCAUCAAAGACAUCAAUCCAAACUACAGGAUAUUCCACUCCAUGAUGGAGACAGGCAGGACUCUGGUUCUUCAGGACAGAAUCAUGGUUCUACAGGAGAGCAAAACAGGAGACCACAUAAAUUGCAGGAAGAUCCCCAAGCACCUGACCGACAGCAGGGCUCUUCUUCAUCUAGCAUGAACCCUUAUGCUGCCUUGGUUAAUUGCCUGCGAACUACCUGGCUAUCAGGAAAGACACGCCCUAUGGAAUAUCGGAAGACCCAGAUAGAGGCACUAGGCCGCUUUCUGGAUGAGAAUGAAGCAGAAAUCAUGCAUGCUUUGAAUGUAGACAUGCGCAGGCCUCAUUUUGAAGGAUACCUUGCUGAUAUUGCCGUAGUUAGGAAUGAAGUGAACUAUGCACUCAACAAUCUGUGCAGCUGGAUGAAGGAUGAGUGUGUGAGCAAGAACCUGGCAACCCAGCUUGACUGUGCUUUUGUUCGCAAGGACCCCUAUGGUGUGGUGCUCAUCAUUUCGCCCUUUAAUUAUCCCUUUCACCUCACUUUGAUCCCUAUGGUGGGGGCUAUUGCAGCUGGAAACUGUGUGCUCCUCAAACCUUCAGAGAUAAGCAAAUGCUCGGAAAAACUCCUGUCUGAAGUGUUGCCUUCCUACCUCGAUCCAGAUACUUUUGCUGUGGUGACAGGUGGCCCUGAACCUACCACCCGACUACUGGAAAACAAGUUUGAUUACAUCCUGUUUACAGGCAGUCCUCGUGUGGGAAAGAUCGUCAUGACUGCAGCUGCCAAACACCUGACACCAUUGACUUUGGAGUUGGGAGGCCAAAAUCCCUGCUAUGUGGACUGCUGUUGCGAUUUCCAGAAUACAGCCAACAGAAUAGUAUGGGGAAAGUUCUUCAACAGUGGCCAGACUUGCCUUGCACCAGAUUAUGUGAUCUGCACCAUUGAAACACAAGAGAGGCUGAUGCCCUGCCUGCGUCAGGCUAUUCGUGAAUUUUUUGGCUGCAACCCUCAAGACUCACCGGACUUUGGUCGCAUGAUCAACGACAAGCAUUUCCGGCGUAUCUGUGCACUCAUGGAGUGCGGCCGAAUAGCCAUUGGUGGAGAGACAGAUGAAUGUGAACGUUACAUUGCUCCCACAGUGCUGGCUGAUGUGAAGGAAUGGGAGCCAAUCAUGCAGGAGGAAGUCUUCGGGCCUCUCUUGCCCAUUUUCACUGUCAGCGGCUUGGAUGAAGCCUUACGAUAUAUUAAUAGCAAGGACCGCCCGCUGGCUAUCUACGCCUUCUCUUGUGACUGCAAGGUUGUGAAUCGGGUAUUGGAUUGCACCAGCAGUGGUGGCUUCUGUGGCAAUGAUUGCAUGAUGCAUGCAACGUUGGUUACCCUACCAUUUGGUGGAAUUGGAUACAGUGGGUUUGGCAUGUACCAUGGCAAGUAUGGUUUUGACAGUUUCACUCACCACCGUGGCUGCCUCUCUCGCUGCAUGGGUUUAGAGACACUCAACUGUAUACGCUAUCCACCCUACAGCCAGCGCAAGUUGGACCUGCUGGUCUCUACAAUAGGAGUGAAACGCAGGGGCUUUUGCACCCUGCUGUGAACAUUCUAAACAACAAAGGCCUUAUGUUCAGAGGGACUGCUAUAAGGAACUAAGCCUCUGGAGAGAAGAAGGGUUUAUAUCUCCUCUGCUGUCUCUAAAAUGUAGUCAUGGAUACUAAAUCCUAAAAAAGCCCCUGCAAAGGUUCUGCCUUCUGAAGAAACUUUAUUUCUCAUUCUUACUUCUUAUUAAACACCUUACUCCUCACUUGGCACCCCCUAUAGUCUUGAAGAUCCUAUGUUGAGAUGUUCAAUAUUGUGGACUGGGAAGGACAUAACUGUGUGGUUCUUAGCUUUCUUUGCCAGUUGCUGGGAUGGUUAAGAGGCAUUUUAAUGCAAUUGCACAAUACUUCAUUCCUACACUGACUCUUCUCCAAUUAGAACUAACCAGUACAGUUAACUAGAGAUAGCAAAGUAUAUGAUUUAAUGGGGUGUUAUGUGGCCAUGUUCUAGUAUGGCCGUGUUCUAGUAGCAUUUUCUCCUGAUGUUUCGCCUGCAUCUGUGGCUGACAUCUUUAGAAGAUCUGAUGGUAGAUUUAAGAUAGCACUUUAAUUUCCCCUUGAAUUAUUUUAUGACAACUUGAUUUAGUAUCUGUGGAUCUGUGGAUAAUCCUGCUCCUUCUCUUUCAACUUCUUCAGUGAAAUAGUCACCUACAUUAGUAUAACCAUAUUAGUACAGAAAAAGCAGAAGAAUGGAUUCCAACAGGUAUCUGAGAUAUUAUAAUUAUAUGUGUGUGUGUGUAAUUGCCAAAAUGAUUCAGAAGUAAAACCAAUGCAAACAGUCCUCCUUUCACUUGUAUACUUUUCAUGUAGCUAAGCUUCCUUUCAUAUCGAUAUUUUUUCUGGUAGUCUACAAUUCUUCUACUAUCACUUUCUGCAAUCACAAACUCUGAUUAGUAACUGUAGCUUGCACUUAAGCAUGUUUAUUCAGAAGUAAAAUUUAUUCCAUUCAAAGGAACUAUUCUUAGUAACUGUAAGUAUUGCAACCUUACUGAGAUUUCUUGCAUAGUUCUACAGUUUGCA